AUGGAUAGUAAGAGGUACACAGUCAUGGAGGGUUACAGUAUAAUGGAUAGUCAGAGAUACACCCAGUUCCUGGAGGGUUAACAGGAUUAAUGGAUUAGUCAGAGGUAACCAGGCUGGAGGGUUUACAGUAUAUAAUGGAUAGUCAGAGAUCACCAGUCAUGGAGUGUUACAGUAAAUGGAAUAGUAAGAGAUACACCAGUCCUGGAGGGUUUAAAGUAUAUAAGGGAUAG